AUGAACAGAGACACGGACGCGCCGUCAUAUAGGGCGCUUUGCACCGGUCUACCUUCACCGGAAACGAGGCCUGGCCGGCCCGAAUCCCUUCUGCUAGUCUUCCUAGCUGAUUUUGAAAAGCCUCAUAAGGAGAAGCUCAAAAACCACCUCCAACCAGCGACCUGCGACUUUCAAAUCCUGACGUGGUGCCCAAACCGUCAAGUCUUGCGAUCUCUUGCGCCACAACGAGAGUACAGGGACAGCCAAGCUAACUUAUAUGGACUUGCCAUCGUGGCCUACCGGAAUGGAUAUUCAGGUUUUAUCUUCGCAGAUGAGUUGACAAAGCGCCGAGUUGAGGGGCAAUUCCCUCUGCGUGGAGAAGAUGAGCGCAUCUCCGUGGGGAUGAUUUCCAUGAGGCAGAGGGAACAGUCUGACCAGCUUCGCAUUAUUGCCAAGCGUUCAACGUUGGAAGACGACGACAAUUUUGCCUUGUUAGCAGCCGUGGAGAAUUUCGACAUCUCACAAGAUUUCAACAACUCGAGGAACGAACAAUCCGUGACAACGGUGUACUCAGAGCUUGGGCUCGAGCUCCAUGACCCAGACCGUCCUGUGUUUACUCCAAGCACAAUGGACUUCUUUGGCCACGAGGAGAUCUCGGCUUCUGCUAUAGCGGCCCUAUCAAGGAAUACGCCAUUGCCUGUUGAGUUGGUUUUAAACAUCGCAUCUCAGGUAGAAAGGAAUCUGGAAGAAGUAAUCAAAUUCCCACCUGACUUGAACCUCCAAAUGAGAACGCCAAAUAUCAAUAUAAUGCUCGGCUUUCAGACCACUCAAACGGAACGUGAAAACAUACUGUCUGUUUUGAAAGAUGCUGUGCAUUUCGAGUUCGAGAAGGACAGACAAAAGCGAAGAAAAGAGCUCGUGAUAAAGGCAGAGGCAAAGCAAAAUAAGAUAAGCAUGAGCGAGACCAACGAGGAGAGUGGGUGGAACGACGACGACGACGAGGAUGACUCUGUGGACUCCAUCUUGAGCUACCACGAUGCGAGAUACCCUGAGCCGAGUGUCCAUCUGAUUGCUUGGGAACAAACGCGACCACCAUCCCGUCGCGAUAUCUUGAAUGUUUUUGAAGCAGUCGCCGCUUAUACGGACAACAAGUCUUUCAAUUCACUAUAUAUUCUCAUGAAGCCGAUUGAGAAAUGCAGCGAGGCUCUGAUUGGGUUUAUAUCUGUUGAGGAUACUGAAAUGGGACCCGGUAUUCGUCAGAUUACGUUGAGUGAAAUGGUACAAUACAAAAGAGGGCGACCAACCGCCUUGGACUUUGCGAGAUACUACCGAGAUGGACAAAUGGAAUUUUUGCCGUCUUCACGCAUCAUAUCCGGAUUCAACGAGCCCUUUUACCCCAUUUCGCACCCUUGGAAUGCUAUUGGGCGUAUGAAUUCGCUCCCGCUGUUCUUUCUCACAAACAAGCUUAGUGAUGAGCAAGCCAGGGCACUUUACGAGGAGAUCCAGACUAUGCACGAAAUCGAUGACGAUGAUUGGGGCAAGAAGGUCAUUUGCGCUGUCCCUUGGAAGGAAGAUGAGCCAGAUGCGGAAGACGGGACACUGGCCGAUAUGUGGAGGCUCUACACAGAAGUCCACAAUGGCUGCGAAAAACCUCUUGUUUUCGCUGACCUGCAGUCUGGGAACGAUCUCAAGGUUAUUAUAACCGAUCAGACUUAUGUCGGCCAGCCGAAUCCAGACGAUCAAGAAGCCCGCGAGCUACUAGAGGGCGUGAAACAACCAGCGUUUCGCGGCUUUAUGUACGGCCGGUUACCUGGGCGCGAGGCACACAUCAUAUGGAUGAAUCUCAACAUCGCCAAUAUGGGCAUUGAUGAGUAUUUUGACGAUGAGAAUCCGUGCGAAAAUUACCUGAGGCCUGAUUGGCCGUGCCAUGACAGGAUUGAUGAGUAUAAUGAAUGGAUUCCCAAGAAGGAAAUGGCAUGA